AUGCGCUCUACAUUCUCCAGCCUGGCACUCUUUGCCGGAGCCUCUCUAGCAGCUUAUGCCCCAAACAAGACUUUCGAGCGUGAAACACGCAGCAUUGAUGAGAUCUACAAAGCAGCUCUUGCCGAAGGUGGCGUCGUUACUCUUUGGCAUGGCGGUGAUGAGAAAACCCAACAGAAUGGGUUGAAAACCGCCUUCGAAACAAGGUUCCCCAACAUGACGCUCAACGUCACUGUCGAUCUAUCCAAGUACCACGACGGCAAUCUUGAUGAUCAGCUAGCAGCCGACAAUGUUUACGUUGAUAGCAUUAUCCUGCAAACGCUGCACGAUUAUCCACGCUGGAAAAAAGAAGGUGCUUUGAUGAACUACGCGCCAUUGAACUUCGACAAGGUAUACCCUGUGUUCAAGGACGCGGAUGCAGCCUACAGUGGAUUGCUCAUCUUCAACUGGGGAAUCUCCGCCAACAUGAACAAGACUAGUACGCUCCCGACAUCGUACCAAGACUUUACCAAGCCCGAGUUCAAGGACAAGAUUGUUCUGACCUACCCCAACGAUGAUGAUGCAGUACUAUACCAGUUCGAGCUCAUCCUACAGGAGCUUGGCCAGGAAUGGUUUGACGCGCUGCUUGCCAACAACCCUCGCUGGGUACGCGGCACAGCAACCCCUGGAGCGCUCGUUCGUGCCGCCAACAGCAGCAGCGCAGUAACCUUUACUGGAGGCUCUUCAUUCACAGACCAGCUACCAAUUAGAUAUUCACUACCCAACGAUGCCAACUUUACCUCUUGGGCUCAGACCGGCGCCAUCUUGAAGAAGGCACCACAUCCCGAAGGCGCAAAGCUGCUGCAUAGUUUCAUGCUCAGCGACGAACACCAAACCGGUGGCAGUUGGAGUGUUCGCGAGGACAUCCCAGCGGGUAAGGGUGCGGAGCCCAUCCUCCAGCAGCCUGGCACAGAUGCUCCUGCGUUCGCGACGUGGAUGGCAGAUCGUAACAAUGUCGAAAGGCGAAGGUUCUUUUACGAAGAUAAGAUCGGCACUGCCCAAGGUCUUAGCCCGCUCAUUGACGACUUACUGUACAACAACCCUGCACUCUCUGACCUCAAGAUCAAGCAGAUUGAUAGCGGUGACGAUGAAGUGCGCGAAUACUAUGAGACAACCGAUAGCUUCAUCGAGCUACAUGAUGAUUGCUUCCAUGUCUUUGAGUUCAUGCUCAAGUCCACAUACUCUGAACACUACGGCAAGACUGCCUUCGACAAGCUUGCUGCUAAUGAUAUGAUUCCUGCUGGAGAUAUGACCGAACGCAGUCUUCUUGCCAUCAAUAUUAUUCAUAUUCUCGCCGAUAAGUAUGACGUCCCGAGACUCUACAUGGCCGUAUAUGAGGGUCCAAAGAGGCCUCUUCUCGACCCCAGGGCCGACUGGGGUCUUGUCUACACGAUCGUCUGUGCAAAUUUCGUUUUGUGCACACAAAUUAUCCAAUUAUUGCAACCCUUAGCUGUGACUCUUCCUGGUCAACUACUCGCCAUGGCUGGAUCAACACGAGCAACCGCUAAGAUGUUCAACAACCCCACUCUCUCAGAUGUCAAGAUCAAGCAAGUAUAUGAAGGCAAGACGCGCGAGUACCAUGCCCAUAAAGCUGUACUGUGCCUCGAAUCUGGCUACUUUCUCAAUGCCUUUACCGGUAGUUUUAAGGAAGCAUCCGAGGGCACUAUAGAACUACACGAGGACAAUCCUGAAUGCUUCGAAUUCCUCCUCAAGUUCAUCUACACCGGUAUCUACGAUAAAGGCCAGAUCGCUAAGCUGGCAGGCAGCGACCACAACAAGCGCGUUCUUAUCCCGUUCGGAAUUUACGCGGUCGCUGAUAAGUACGAUGUCGGAAAACUCUUCGAAUCGGCAGCAGAAGAUGUCAAGAUCGUUCUCAUGUGCGCUGUCAAAAACCGAGGAGACAUACUCGCCACUUCGAUCAAGGCUCACUACGGUACUGAGGUCGAAGCUGAUGAACCUAUGGGAUGCCUCAUCACCGCUGUCAUCUUCGAACAGCACAACGACCUCCUCGACACCAAAAAUUUCGAAAAAUGGCUCCUUGCUUACCCGACCUUCGCCGCAGACGUUGCACUUCACUCUCAGCGUGGCAAGUUAUUCGGGAAGAAAGAUCGUGCUAGGUGUUCCAACUGCACUAAAAAGAGUAUCGAGAAAAACUUCCAGUAUCUGAGUGAGAGCUAG